UGAUCAGUGAUCAGUUGAGGGAGUGAACGACAAUCAUAAUCAUCAUAUCCAUGUUGCACCGCCACAUCUGACGUUAUUUUGUAUUUGAUGUCGGAACGAUGUUUCAGACGAGCGUUUCUGUCGCGUCUUCAUUACUUAAGCGUGUCAACUUCACCGGAGCCGCCGGCGACAUGACCUGCACGUUACGUAAUUACCGGAGAUUUAGUGAACGCAACACCGCGGUUUUCCCCCGGAGAGAAGAGCGUUCCGGUGUCGAAUGUGUGCAUGAUAUUCCCUUCAGGUCAGCGUCGGGUCGCGUUAUACACGCGCGCAUGACAGUGUUCACUUUGAACGCAACGCCGCGACGCGAAUUCGGUGACUGGACGAACACGAACCCAAAGAUCGUGAAAGUGAAUGAACUUGAAUCGUUUUUGUCCGUUCGUUCUUCUCCCGUUGUGACGGUGCAAACGAGAAGCUCCUCCACGACGCCAGAGAAAACGCGAGAGGAACGCGCCGCUGAGGUCAAAACUGAGGCGCAGUCCUCUGGUUCCAGUGCUCAGGGUGUUCCAGCGGAGUCUGAUGAGAAACCCAGUAAAACGCAGCAGCUCAGGAAAGUUUUUAAAGAAUACGGAGCUGUUGGAGUCUCGUUCCACAUUGGAAUCUCCAUCAUAUCUCUGGGAAUAUUCUACCUUGCUGUAUCCAGUGGUAUAGAUAUGGCAGCGGUGUUGUGUAAAGUUGGCUUCAGUGAAUCAAUCGUUCAAUCCAAGAUGGCCGCCGGCACGAGCACAUUUGUUUUGGCGUACGCCGUCCACAAGCUCUUCGCUCCGGUCCGCAUCGGUAUCACGCUCGUGUCUGUACCGCUGAUUGUGAGAUACCUCAGGAAAACUGGACUCUUCAAACCCAGAACAUCAGCUCCAUGAAAAUUUGCUGCCUUUGAUUAAUUCUAAACUCUUCUGACGCGACAUGACCUUCAGAUGUCUGGAGCUAAACUCACUCGAAGUUUUGUUGAGAUUCAAAAUACACAAUAUAGUGUACAUGUAACUGACAGUUGACACAUUCAUAAGCUCUGAUGGCACAUAAGCUUAACUAUCAGAACUCAAACAUUGAAUUUGAUGUUUAUUUUAUCGUUUAAUUCACUACACGCUUAUAUACCAUUGAAAAUGCAUCUAUGUAUUUGCCGUCUGUACAAUUACCUCCAAAUGAAUUUUUUGAAAAAACAUAAAAUGUGAAAAGGGUGAUGGUUUGGGUAAAGUAAACUUGUAGAAUGUAGUAUUUGCAUUCCACUAUUUUCUUUCAUCUGGUUUGCUAUGUAUCCAUAUUUACAUACAUGUUUAUGUGACCAACCGUUACAGUCAGGGAAACUGUGUGGAGUAAAAUAAUAUAAUGAGAUGAAACGUGCCUAAUUGUCUCUCACUCUCUGAUGAGGAUGUGAGAAUUUUUGAUUUAGUUUUUUCGAUGAAUGUUUUCUUGUUUUAAUCAGGACAGUCCUCGUGAAGAAGUAUGCAGUAAUAUUUUAUCGACUGUGAUUAAAAAGUUAAUGACGAAUGUGUUGUCUUAUUUCAAGAUUGUUGCUUUCCAGAUCAUUUGAUAGCAGUAACACACUAAUACAAGUCGUUUCUAUCAAAAGUUGUAGUGGCUAUUAUUGUAAUGAUUUACAAAAGUCUUGUGUAAUAGGCUAUUAUAAUGUUAUAUUUGACUACAUGUAAUUAUACAAUACAAUUUUGCUCUCUAAGCAAGUUUUUUUAUUUUUUUAUUUAUGUACUGUAUUUUUAUUUUGGGGUUUGAUUUGACUGCAGUUAUUUAACUCUAUAGUCUUCUAGUGUCCAAACCAGUUUGCUAUUGUUAUACAAGUUUGUUAAUGUUAUACAAAUAAAUUUACUCUUUGAAUUUAUUUGCCAAGAUAUAGUUUGCAUGUGUGCAUUAUGACAUCACUUUUACAUAUAUAUAUAUAUA